UAUUCUGAUAUAAAAGGGCCUGGCUCACAAACAGAUACAGUUGUUUGUGUAGUCCCAUAGUUCUCUGAAGGCAAUUUUCAAAUGCUCCACAAUGAAGGUGAAAAUUUUAACUAUUAUCUGUGUGUUUUGUGCGGUUCAUUAUCAUGAGGCAACAAAGGUGUCCAGCGACUGUUCCAACUGUCCGGCUAAUAGUGGUAGCUUUGGCUAUGAACUGCUCCUCGGUAAACUGGAAGAUCUCGAGGCCAAAUUCUGGAAUAUGUGGCUUGAGAUGAAAGAACAAACUGAAAACCAAAUCCGUUUCAAGGAUACACAAAAGGAGAUGAAGCUAAUGCUGACCAAGCUGGAGGACCGUUCGUCGGAGAUUUUGGAGCAGCACCUAAGUUGUGCCAAUCAUGAAAACUGGAAGAAGACGGUACUUGCAAUGCAACUAGGUAGACGAUCGAACAGCAGUUUACUAGAUAAUCUGAAACCAUUCAAAUCAUGUGCUGAAAUUUCAUCUUAUAUAUCGGGAAAGUACACUAUACAUCCUUUGGGUUUCGAGAAACCAUUUGAGGCGUAUUGCGAACAAAGUGUAUUUGACGGAGGAUGGACUGUUGUGCAGUAUCGUUUCGAUGGAUCAGUUGACUUCAACCGGAACUGGACUGACUACAGAAAUGGAUUCGGAAAGCUCGACGGAGAGUUCUGGAUUGGGUUGGAGAAAUUACAUCGUCUUACAAAAAGUGGUGACCACCAACUACUUGUGGAGACAAAAACAUUCAACGGAACUUACAAAUUCGCACGAUACGAUGAGUUUGUGAUUGGUACUGAAGAUGAGAAAUAUGCAUUAAAGAAGGUGGGAAGUUACAAUGGAAGCGCAGGAGAUGGAUUAAAAUACCACAUAAAUAUGCAAUUUUCAACUAAAGACAAUGACAACGAUCGAUCUGGCAGCAAUUGUGCCGUAUUGUAUAAGGGUGCAUGGUGGUACAACAACUGUUACCGUAGUAACCUUAAUGGACUAUACAAGAAAGGAAAUCAUCAAGAUAGUAUGAACUGGGAUCACCAUACUAACGAAUGCGAAGGAUUAGCAUAUUCUCGAAUGAUGAUUCGUAAAACCCCAAAUAAUGCUGAGACCUGCCCGUGAUUUAACUUAUAAAUAACCGUGAGAGAUUCGAGAUUGUUCACUUAUCGCUUAAAAUGUCAUUGCACAUUCGCUCUUCAUAUUGAUUUACUUGCAGUAGCAAUUGCAAAUUAAAAGUAACUAAAAAACUAGUUCAUUUGAUUGUAAAUACAAACAUUUGACUAUGGUGUAUUUUUUAAGUGGAUCGUAUCGUAUGAAUUCUGGGUGACAUAGGAGCUUCAAUAUAUAAGGAUAUAUAAAUAAAUUUCUUAUAUAUUAUUCUUGGGAAUGUCUUACCCAUUCAUUUCCGAAUAAUAAUUGUGACUAUAACACCACAGGAAAGUUUUUUUUUUUUUUCAAAAUAAUUACAAACUUCAUCGAAUACAACAUACAUUCCUCUAUAGGAUUUCAGGGGUUCAGGAUUUUUUCCAAGGAAUCAUGCAGAAAUUUCUCCAAGUAUUCCUCCACGAAUACCUCCAUGUUACUUAAGGAAUUCAUACAGGAAUUCUUGUGAGAUUACUUCAGCAAUUCGUUUGAGAUGCCCAUUUUGGUAAGCCAAAAUAUCCCAAAAAAAGACAAAAAAAACGGUUAAGCCCACAACACAUUUGCUUGGCAAAAAUAGUGUCGCCCCUUUGAGGAAUUUCUCCAGGAAUAACAGCAAAUUUCUCCAAAGAUUCCUCUAGAGAUUCAUCCAGGAAUUUCUCUAGAGAAUUUCUCCGGGGAUUCCUCUAGAUAUUCCUUCAGGGAGAGCUACAUUCAGUCCUGUUUUUACACGACUUAUUUUACGUGGUUUUAUUUUGCACGACUUAUUUUACGCGAUUUUUUCGAAGUUACGCGACUUUUUUACGCGGUUUUGGUCAUUUGCAGAGUUCAACCCGCGUUAAAAAAACUCCUUUGGAUUUUUUUCGAAAUAACGCAAAAUUUUUUUACACGAACCUUUUUUGCGCAAACGCAUCUAUCGCGUAAAAACAGAAUUGAGUGUAUAGAUAUAGAUAUUCUUCCAAGAACUCCUCCAGAUUUUUCUCCAAGAGUUCCUCCAGAUCCCUGGAGGGGUUACUGAAGAAAUCUCUUAAGGAUUUCCUGUAGGGACAUCGGGAGGAAAUCCUGAAUAAAUCCCUGGGAGAACUCGUGGAAGAAUCCGUGCAGGAAUCUCUUCGGAUUCAUAGUGAAACUUCAAAGGAAUGCAUGGAGGAACUCCUUGAGAAAUACCUGUAGGAAUAUCUGGAAGAAUCCCUGGAGUAAUCUCUAGGGGUAUUUCAGGAGGACUUUCUGUACAAAUCCAUGGAAAAAAAAUCCUCGACGAAUUCCGGGAGGAAUUCCUCGAGAAAACCUUAGGGAGAUUGCUGGAGGAACCCCUGGAGAAAUUCCACUAGGAAUCUCUGGAAGAAAUCUUGGAUGAGCUCCUGGAGAAAUCUCUGGAGCAAUUCUCGGAGGAAUCCCUGAAGAAAUUCCUAGGGAGACUCCUGACAGUAUUGCUGGAGUAAUCCCUAGAGGAAUUUCUGAAUCUCCGGAUGAAUUCCUUGAGGAAUCUUUAGUGGAAUCACUGGAGGAUUCUCUGAGAGAACUCACGGGGAAAUUUCAUGCAGAAUUCCUUGAGAAUUUACUGAUGAAAUCCCAGAACGAUUUCUUAGAAGAAUCCCUGGAGAAAUUUCUGGACCCUGGAGGUUUUGGUAGAAUACCGGGAGGGAUUCUUGGAAGAACCUCUAGGGUAUUUUUAAAGGGAUCUCUAUGAUGGAUAUGGAGGAAUUCCUGGAUGUAUUCCUGGAAGAAUCUCUAAAUUAAUUGCUGGAGAAAUUCUUGAAAUAAUACUUGGAGUAAUCCAUGAAGGAAUUUGGGGAGCAUUCUCUGGAGGGAUCCUUAAAAAACCAUUGGGGGAAUCUUGGAGUAUUUUCAGAAGAAUUCCUGGAGGGAUGUCAGAGGUUUCUGGAGGAAGUUCUGGAAAAAUCCACGGAACAAUUCCUGUUCGUCCAGUUCGUCUCACGAUCCAAUUUCAAACCAUUGGGGAACGUUAAUGUGCCCAUGUUUUCCGCGUCCACUCCAAGCCCAAGUUGUUGUGGUUUGCCCAAAUCCUAACAGCCAAUUCCGCUCUGUUGUACUAAGGUGAAGAAUUGCUCGUUGUUACGGGCGACUGCGGAGGUGGACGGUUGACCGGCCUUGCCACGACUACCAGCUAGUGGGAACGCCAGACCAAAGUUCUGCCAGAUGGUUUCGUUCUUCAGGACCGAGGUCGGAUCUUGGAAUUCCGUGUAGCUGGGCUGGACAUGGGAUGGUAGAACAACAUAAGAUCAGCGUUCAUGUGAACCGAAAACUGCCGAACAUGCCGAAAACUUCGUCGAACCACUGCACUGGAAGUUCAAUUCCUUUGAACUGUACAGAUAGUUAAUGGUGCGCCAACUUUUCCACUCCCGCAAGCGGAACACGGUGAUGCCGUAGCGCCAGACAUCUGCAAUGUAGGUGAAAGCAUCCUGGCAUUGUUCGUCUCAAAUGUCCACUACGACGUUUGUGUGCACCAAAUCAUUCAUUUGUCACCAUCAACGCUGUCCAUAGCAUAUCCCGUACUCGUUGCUUGCCAAUUUGAGGAGCUGUGUACAAAACUGCUAGUCUCUUCCAUCGGUUCCAUCUCCCUGGGAUUGCCUAGCAUAGCCAACCCCGAGUAUAUACCGCCAUCGAUUACUUCCUGAAUUUGCUGGAAAGAAAAAAAAGCUCCCACUAGGCAAAUACCUGAAAUAUACAACACCACAAUUACAAGACAAUUGAGCAUAUCAACUCGAAAAAUUUCGGUUAUUUCCUUAAACACUGAUCAAAAUGUGUCCUGGAGUCCGUUCCAAGGCAGGUAAAUAUCCCGCACAACUACCGUUUACGCUUGCAAAUACAAUCAAAACAAACACUCACCGUUGUUGCGAACAGCGCUAAAUAUGAAGACAAAUUGUAGCAUAUAAACAAUCGAGUAAACUGACCAAAAAUAAACAAAAUGUUUACUUUUUGUUUAGAAAUAAGUUUAUUUGCAUUUUUAAUCGGUAUUUUUGUUUUUCAUUGAAAAAAUAUGGGCAUACUUGAGACACAGAGAACAGACAUCCAGACAAGAACACAUCUAAUUCGCAAAGUUGUGUAAGGAUUUGAAUCUUUACUUGAAUCAGGUUGCAAACCAAUACACGAUGACAACACUAACGCCACCAAACACCAUGUUGCCAUAGUCAGUGGUGAAUUGAAAUAUUUCAAGUGGUGAGUUAAAUAAGUAUGGGAAAUUGACCGAUUGCAGCGCCACGCUAUUGCCACUUGUGUUGGCGAUAUCAAAUGACCGUUAAAUUCCUUACACAGUUUCGGAACUGAACUUGGAUGUCUGUUCUCUGUGCUUGAGAUUAAAAUGAAAUAUGAUUGUUGACAUUCACUGAGUACGCCCUCAUAUGAGUGCCGUCGUGAAACUCUAUCCAGAUGACAGAUUUCCGAAUGACCAUCGCGUUUGUGUUGGUUCAUUUCCUUUCUCAUUUCAAGAAUGAAGUUCUCACCUCAUUCGAGUCGACAAACAGAAUCGAGUGACAAGAUUCAUGUGACGACGCACAGUGGAGCACCUAGUACAUCAAAACUGAUCAAAAUUAUUUUGACGCAUUUUCACAACCCAAAUGCAACCCAAAUUAGUAAUGAAACGUAUUUCAUAGUUUUCGUAUUUUUUUAUUUCGUCAUUAGGGUGACCAAUUUUAUGAUUGUAAAAGUCAAGAUUUUUCAAAACUAUUUUUUUUUUCAAAAAAUCACAACUUUUGAACCAGUUGACCGAUUUUAAACUUCUUUUUUUUUGCUUGAAAGCUGUUGAGUUCUAGUUUUCAGCAAAAAUACGUUCAGAGGGCCAAAUAGUGUUUUAAGGCAAAUAAUAUCAUAUAAUAAUAUAAUUAUCACGAUUUUUUCAAAGUGUCGCAACUUUUGAAAUCGGAAACAUCCGGAAGGUUUUCUUUCUGCAUUUGAAAAAGGAACAAUAGUUUUAUCAUACACUAAACGCAGAUUUUUCGGAAACAGCCGGAAAAUCAACUUAUUUCAUUUUGAAUGUACGGUAAAGGAUUCCAUCAAAUAUUUUUUUCAAUAUUUUCAUAUAUUGUAUGUAAAUUCAACGUCAAUAUGUUUGGGUUUCAAAUUACGAGAAUAACUACAUUAACCUUCUUUAACAAACUGCAUUGUUGAAUUGAUUGACUAUCAAUUUCAUUCACUUUGUACGGUCAAAACUAGCACGCGCUGUGAGUUAUAUCAAAGAAAACGGCUAAACUUCAGCUUCACUUAACCUCUUCUGAUAAGCGUAAACAAAACAUUUGUACACUGCUUAGCUGUCAAACGAUUACACGAUAACUACACUUGGCAAAAACACAACGGAAAACCCAAUUACUUCAUUUUGAGUUUUUUCACUUAUGAUCAGGUUUUGAUGUGAUUUACUCCAAUGUGCGACGAUGUGAGAGUUGUCGAUUCGAGUCACUCGACGCGCAGAAGGAGCACAAUUGACACGGGUAAUGCAUCGAACUCUUGGCGGAGCGUGCAGAGAUGUUGGUGGCAUGACCGACACUUGUUUCCAAAGUGUUCGAACCAGCGUUUCAGCUGGUCAGACGGGUCUGUUAAAAAUAGUCCAGACGUGUCUUUCACGGGCAUCGCACGGUGUGUUGAAACAGGAUUAUUAUCGCACUUUCAUGAACCUAAAAUAUUUUUUCGUUAUAAGUUAGCCUUAGCAGUAUAUAUUAAGAUUCUGGAGGUUAAAAAAUCUUUCAUCGGGGAAAAUUAAAAUAAAUUCGAUUUUGGUAGUUUACCACUUUUCUCAAAUUAUAUGGAAUUACGCGAAUCUGGUGAACCUAAACCCCGCUAGAAAAGGCCCCUUUCUAAUAAUAAAUUUGAAUCCAUUUAGAGAGAAACGAAUGCAAAAGUCUUUACAACGAGUUAAAAUUUGUUUGGCGUUCGUUUCAUGCGUCCAGCCCACUACAGUCUGCCGAAAAUCAUAAAUCAUUCAAGUCUACAUUCCUUCCAUUUGUCUGGCACAUAGAUAUUUGUAAUGGAGGUAAACAAAUAGGGUCUUGUACCAUUCGGGCAGGUGUACCUAUUUUUGGCACUUGCCGCUAUAACUAAGUCAAUUUUAAACCGAUUGAUUUCAAAUUUUGUAUAGAGUUAGGCACGUACAGUAUCUAACUCUGUACAAAAAUUCAAAUCAAUCGGUUUGAAAUUGACUUAGUUAUAACGGCAACUGCCCAAAAUAGGUACACCUGUCCAAAUGGUACAAGACCCUACUUCCCAUUAGAGUGACUUAUACAUUUGAGGAAGCACUAUACACCUGUGACUCGUAGAAUUUGCAGCACAUAAACUUCAUGUGCUAAUUUGCCUGAAAUGGCGGGUAUUAAUUGCACAUACUUUGCAUCUCAAAUCACAUCCACAUGGAUAUUUGCCAAAAAAUGUGAGUUGACUAUACUGAGUGUGCGUGACUUAUUUGCAAAAGUUCUGCCUCUGAUCUGUUGAGGACUUUCGUCCAUACAAAAUCUUAAAAUUUUCAAAAACUUAUCUCCGUGUUACUUAUAAAUUGAUA